GUUACUUACCAUCGGAUAACAUGAUCAGCGUUCAACGGGCUCGACAGCUCACACAAAGCGUCCCUUUCGUAUUCGUAGUACGUACGUCUUAAUUGUCGAAUUAGCGUCCCUUAACUAAAUUGUUGUUGCCUCAUUGUCAAUAAUUUUUGAUUGUUAUUCAUCAUCUUUACGACGUAAGUGAUUUCACGUCCAAUUCGCUUUUCCGUACCUCACACUUUGGUACUACACCAAAAUCAAAGUUUUCAUCAGAAGUGAAGUGUCAUGGUCAAAUGGUAGUCGGUUCAUCGUGUUAAAGCUUCCAACGACAAUCACAACCUUAUUGAUUGUUCAAAUUAAAUUUGACAUACAGUUCAAUUUAAAGAAAAAAAGAAAUACUAUUACAGCCAGAACAUCCACAGAACGUGUGCAGACGUACAGAGCACGACAAAUGGAAAAUUUAAAUUCAUCGCAAUCAAAAUCACAUUGCAAAACAGUAGCAGAACGUGUCAGAGAGUAUCGGCAAAGACAAACACAACAAUUACAUGAUGUGACUAUGAUGACCAACCAUGAUGAAGGUUAUAAAAAUAUGCUGGCUAGUUUCCGGACUAACGACUUGCAAACAUUAUUGGGAGCUUUUGGUCGAAAUAAAGCGGGACGAAAAUCUGAAUUAAAAGAUCGGGCACUUGAAUUAUUAAGGACUAGACCAACUGGCUUUAACCACGCGGCAUAUGUAGCAAAAAUAUAUGAAAUAUAUCGUUCCAUGCAAACAGAUUUGCCUAAUAAUAAUGAUAUUAUGAUGCGCAGCUUAUUACAAACCCAACAGAGACAAAUGAUGACCAUGGGGCAGAUACAGGCUCCACAACAAAGAAUGUACCAACAACCACCACAAUAUCCUCAUCAGCCAAUGCAUAUGACCCGAGCUGGAUUACCACAGGUUAUGCCCCAAAUUCAAAGAGGCAUUUAUAGUAAUUCCAUUGGAGCAAAUACUAUGGCUAACAAUAACAUUCAAUAUAUAUCGGGCAGUUAUCAGCCUUCUGGACCUCGUUCCAUUACGUCAUCUCAUUUGUCUUCAAGUCAACAAAUGAAUGUGGUGCCACAAGAUCCAUUGGGAUAUGAUAUGAAAGGAAUGCCAGUUGGAAAUAAUUCUUAUACUCCAUCUCCUGAAGCUGUAGCCCUAAUCAAGUUCAAAAAGUUACCAUUUUAUGAGGUAAUUGACGAAGUUCUUAAGCCAACUUUUCUAGCUGGCACGGAUAGAUGUACAUUACAAAACUUUCCUAGAGGUAUGAAAGAAUCGCAUUUCAAACUUUUUGUGACAGCAGAGAACGUCAAUAUGGUUUCCUUGAAUCGUGAUGUUUCCACAGGAAAAAAUGAAUAUAUUUAUCAGUUCCAAAUUCGAAUAAGUCAGUUAGUGGAACCUAUGACUAAUGAGGUAACAGAUUUUAUGCCUCUUGGACUACACAUUCGGCUUGGUGCAAAAGCAUGUCCAUUACCACCUACUGCUCCUAAUACUCGACCAGGAGCUGAAUCCAGACGAUCUCCAAGACCCAUAAAUUGCACUCAACUUGUCAAACUUUCUCCAAUCACUCCCAACAUGGUCCAUAUAAAUUGGACUCCAGAUGGAAAAAAUUACGUUAUGUCUAUGUAUCUUGUUAAAAGAUUAACUUCAGAAACAUUGAUACAAAGACUUCAAGAUAAAGGAGGUAGGAGUUCAGAAGAGACAAAAAACUAUAUAAUUAAAAAGUUAGCAGAUGUGGAUCCAGAUUUGGCCACUACAUCUUAUCGAUUUUCCUUGGUGUGUCCAUUGGGUAAAAUGAGAAUGAAGAUACCUGCAAAAUCUAUCUAUUGUGAUCAUUUACAAUGUUUUGAUGCUAGUACAUUUAUUUUAAUGAAUGAGAAAAAGCCAACAUGGAUGUGCCCAACAUGUAAUAAACCUUGUUUAUACGAUGACAUACAAAUUGAAAAUUAUUUUUUGGAAGUUGUUUCAAGUCCAACACUCAAAGACUGCAGUAAGGAAAUUGAAAUUUUAGCUGAUGGCACAUGGAUAGUUUAUGAAGAAAAUAAAGAGACAAAAACCACAAAUAGUACUCCUGAUGCAAAAUUAAAACCUAUUGAUUCUGUGGAUUUAGAUAGCGACGAAGAAAAAUCUGUUGAUAUGAAAGUAGAACUUAACCUUGAAACUGUCAAACGCCAAGAAAAUGAAAACCUAAACUUUGUCGAUUUGACAUUAAGUGACAAUGAAGAAGAACCACCAAAAGAAAAAGAUAAACAGGAAAAUGAGGCACAGGCCGCUGAUGCUAUACAACCAGUUGCUGUUGUUGAUUUAAAACCACAAGCUCAAGUACAGCCGCAACAAGCUGUUACCAGUUCUGAGCAAGGAGUAGUAAUUGAAAUAGACAGUCCAUCCCCUCCUUCAAGUCCUAUCCCUACAACUGAAGCCUCCUAAUUUUUAUUAUUAUUGUAAGUAAAAUAAAAAUGUUAUUAUUAUUUUAAGAUACAUCAAACUUAAACAUUUUUAUGAUUUAUGAGUUCUAUCCGUUUAGCAUAUAAGAUAAAAUUAUUUCUUAAAAUGUUAUAUUUAAUAAAUAUUAAGAUAAUAAUUUAAUA